AUGUCGCGCCCGUACAUCGUCGGCGAUUCGUCGCCAUUUCUCAAGCGCGUUUUGAUCCCUUUCUGGGUUGUUCGAAUCCUCAUCAUGCUCGUUCAGAUCGGCUUGUACGCAUUGGUCAUUACCGGGCUCAGCGUCUUCAAGGACGACGUGGAACGACUCUACGAUGAGUACCACACGACCCUCCAAUACGACGCCGUUCUGGCCGUUUCCUGCGUCAUCAUGGUCAUCAUCCUCCUCUGCCUGAUCCUCGACAUCGUCUGCAUCAUCAUGCGCGCCAGGCGGAGGUUGACCCCACCAUUCUUCCUCGGCGUCAACAUCACCCAAAGCAUCUUCUACAUCGUCAACUUUGCCUUGACCAUGGCCGGUCCCCGCAACGGUGUCCUUUCCGUUGUAAUCGGCGUCCUCAUCCUCCUCUCCUUCCUCGGCCUCCUCAUCUAUGCCUCGUUCGUCUACCACAAGCACCGCACAGGCUCGCUCCGCGGCACCUAUGUGCAGGCGAACAACCCCGAGGUGCACAACCUUGUCGCCGACACGGGCUACCCCGCUGUCUCGAACAUCCCGGCCCCACCGAAGCAAAAGUAUGGCCAGGAUAGCACCGACAAUGUGGCCUACUACGACCAACAGGCCAUCGCCCAGACGAACGCCUAUAACGGCCAAAGCUACCCCUCCACCCCGGCGCCGUACGGCGAGCAGACCUUUUCCCCGGCGCCGACCUACGACUCGCGGCCACUGGCGGCUUCCCCGGUGCAAGCGCAUGAGCCGCAGCAGCAGGGUUAUGAGAUGCACCAGCGCUCGGCUGUUUAA